AUGCUUGCUGAUUUUGCUGCCUCUGUUGAUCUCGAUGUCGGAUCUAUCUCCCCUCUACCUUCUGCUGAGGCCAUCCUCCGCGCGGAACGAUCCCUCCCAUCCUCACUCCCUAGUCAGGGCUUGGGCUUAGAUCUCAUUAGGAAGCACCUGCUCGAAGAUAUUGCGCCUGCAUUGAAUAGGGAAAGCGUGAAUCCCAAUUACUAUGAAAGCAUCGCUGGGAAUGUAGAAGAUGCUGCUUUGAGAAUGUUGCAGCAAUUGCUUGAUAUCGAUGCAAGUAUCUUUACCGGACGGACUUUCACGUCCGGUGCCACGGCAUCCAAUACCCUUGGUCUCGCUCUCGGACGCGAAUAUUCUGUCCAGAUCUCUGGGAUGCGAUUCUCAGCAUCGGCAACUCAAGCCAGUAUUGCCCAACAGGGCCUGAUCCCAGCUUGCUUGCGCGCGGGGGUCCAGCGAAUCCGAGUGCUUUCCUCAAUGCCGCAUUCUUCAUUGGCUAAGGCGGCAUCCAUCGUCGGCCUGGGCACUGACAAUGUCAUCUUGUUACCGCUGAGUGAGGCAGAGCCUUGGCGGCUUGACCUGAAUGCCUUGGAGCAGCAUCUAUCCAAACGGGGAAUCGCAAGCAUCAUAUCUGUCAGUGCAGGAGAGGUUAACGCCGGAGCUUUUGCGACGACAAGAGAUGAUAUGGAAAAAAUCCGUGCUCUGGCAGAUGAAUACGGGGCUUGGGUUCAUGUUGAUGCUGCCUUCGGUUUACAAGCUCGGCUUCUAUCCAAGCCGCAGUAUGCCUCUAUCAUGGCUGGAGUGGCUGCGCUUGAUCUCGCGGACUCGAUCACAGGAGAUGCUCACAAACUGCUCAAUGUCCCAUACGACUGCGGCUUCUUUUUCACCCGUCAUCUCGGAAUUCAGAAACAGGUGUUCCAGAACGGAUCUGCCCUACCACCCGAUCUCUCGGAGGCUGUACCCUCCGCUCACAACCUCGGCAUCGAGAACAGCCGACGAUUGCGCGCGCUGCCAGUGUACGCUACACUCGUGGCCUACGGCCGAGACUGGUAUCGUGACCUGCUGGAGCGCCAAAUCUCGCUUGCACGAAAAGUAGCGGAAUACAUUUCGCAAUCGAGCGACUACGAGCUGUUGCCCCGCCACACGUCGGCCGCAAACAUAUAUAUUAUCGUCUUGUUCCGUGCGCGGGCAUCUGACCUGAACUCACAUCUAGUUCAGCGGUUGAACUCAGCCGGCACGAUCUAUGUAACGGGAACACAAUGGGAGAAUCGGCCUGCGACACGAAUUGCCAUCAGCACGUGGCGCGUUGAUCUGGACAGAGAUUCUGCACUUAUCAUCAAAGAGCUAGAGGCGAUCGUUCGGCCCAAGUAUUCAGUGUGA